GGCAUCAAGAUCUGUUAUUAUCAACCUCGCAAGCUCCCCUCCUUAGUAUAACCCUCUUACACAAUUAGUUCGUUAUCUCUUAUAUGUACACUCUUAAAAAUAAUGUUACCCUUUUGAAAAAUAAGUACACUUUAAUUUUAUAUAAAAUAAACUAUCCUAAUUCCAGAGUAAGGUUUUCUUUUGAUCAAGUUAACAUUUCAGCUUUUCCAAAGGGUAAUAUUAUUUUUAAGAGUGAAGGUAUAUAUAAUUCAUCGUAUUUUGUAUACCUAGACACGCGUGAACGUAACCGGUCACACGGACCCGGGGAUCACAUGAGCUCUCAAUUUGUGCGACGCUAAGCAAGGUCAAAGCUGUUGUUAGACAACAAUCAGUAAAUUUUUCUUGGGAACAAAUUCACGCUCGUGUAACUUUUUAUGUAAAUAGAUCAAAUUUCCUUGCUAUAAAAUAAACCGACUCGAACAUGGACUCGAUCAAUUGUUAAGCUACCUACGUACAUACCGGGCUUAACAUAAUUUAGCAAUUUACUUAAAAAAGAAGACAGAGAAAAUAUAUUUCUUGAAAAUAUAAAACAUCUUACAAAUUUCGGACCACCAUGUACAAAAUACUUAUACAACUUACGUACCGAAUGGUACCGGCUUUGGCCACGAUACUCGACAUUUUUGAUACACUACUGUCAAAAAUUAUAGGGACGUCAUCGCCCGUAACGAAAAGAAUCGAAAAUAAUUUUAAAAGAAUCCUAACCACUGAACUGUUUACCCCGGAAGGUGAAACCUUGUUCCGUCCAACCUUUCAAAAAUUGAAGCUAGAUUUGAACCAGGUUUGCGAAAAAUGGGACCUUGUCGAAUCAAUUGAUUGGUUCGAGAACGUUUUAGAUUAUAAUGUUCCACAUGGAAAAUUGCAGAGGGGACUUCUGCUCGUAAAUACGUUCAAAGCAUUGGCCAACAAUCCUACUGAGGAACAAAUUCAUUGUUCUCGCGUUCUCGGAUGGUGUGGCGAGUUGUUGCAAUCUUGCUCUCUUGUGGCGGAUGAUAUGAUGGAUUCUUCCCCCCUGAGGAGGGGACGCCCCUCCUGGUACAAGGUUGACUCUGUAGGAAUGAACGCCAUAAAUGACGCCUUUUACCUGGAGUCCAGUGUUUAUUACCUGCUCAAAAAAUAUUUCGGGGGGACCCCAGUUUACACCGAUUUAGUCGACGCAUUCCAUGAGACUACAUUGAAAACGAUUUUUGGGCAGAAUCUUGACGUUAUGGCGAGCAAAAAGAAAUUAGAGGACAGGUUCAAGAUGGAAAGUUUUUCAAGAAUCGCAAAGUACAAGACGAGCUACUACACUUUUGUGAUGCCCCUUCGACUCGGAGCUAUACUCGCGGGUUUGAAGGAUUCCAAGCUUUACGGAAAGAUUGAAACUAUUGGGCUCCUGUUGGGCAACAUUUUUCAGGCACAAGAUGAUUUUCUGGACGUUUAUGGCGACCCAGCUAAGACCGGAAAGAAGGGAACCGACAUUUCCGAGGGGAAAUGCACGUGGCUAAUUUGCAAAGCCAUGGAACUAGCGGACCACGAUCAGCGUGCCAUUCUUGAACAAAAUUACGGGAAACAGGACGAUGAAAGUGUGCUCAUCGUGAAGUCAAUAUUUCAAGAGUUGCAAAUUGACGAACGUUUCCGUCAAUAUCGAAGUGAAUCGAUGGACAAAAUAAGGGCACAAAUAUCAUCCAUUAAUGGACGCAAUAUAAGAUUGCAAGCAAUCUUGAAGCUUUUAGUGGAAAGACUGGCAAUUUAGAGUUCUAACUUUAAUGCACAAUUUUCAAUAUUGCAAUGUUUUAGAUACAAGAAUUUUAAGAAAAUGCGGAGAAAAUUUAGUUGCUAAAAAU